AUGGCGAAACGAAGAUUCCUUUCACUUGAGCGUCGAUUAGAGCGUCAGCAGACUCUCAAAGAGGAUUAUGUUAAGUUCAUGCAAGAAUAUUUGAUGUUAGGUCAUAUGAGUCGUGUCGACAACUUUGACAAUAUCACACCGCACUAUAUAAUACCUCAUCAUUGCAUAUUGCGGCCUCAAAGUACCACAACAAAAUUGCGCGUCGUAUUUGAUGCAUCUGCAUGCACAUCAUCGGGUCGAUUACUUAAUGAAAUCUUAAUGGUGGGACCUACAAUUCAGCAGGAUCUUAUUUUGACAUUAUUGACAUUUCGUUUACAUCGCUAUGCACUGACUGCGGAUAUAUCAAAAAUGUAUCGACAGUUUGUAGUUGAUCCAAGAGAUCGUAAUUUUCAAUUAGUUAUUUGGAGAAAUACUGUUAAUGAACCUCUGCAACUUUUUCAGCUCAACACAGUAACAUACGGAAUGUCAGCAGCACCAUUUCUGGCCAUCAGAAGCCUGACUUACCUUGCAAAUGCGUAUCAAAAGGAGAUGCCAAUUGGAGCUUCAGUUUUGAGCAAUGACUUGUAUGUUGAUGACUUGCUAACGGGAGCAGACACAGUUGAAGAGCUUUGCAUCAAAGUAUCACAAGUGAUAAAGAUAGCAGCAAAUGCAGGAUUACAAUUGGCAAAAUGGAGCUUCAACCACAAAAAUUGGGUAAACUCAAGUGACGAAUACCAAAUUCUUUUAAACGAAGAUGAUAUUACCAAAACUCUCGGUUUGGCGUGGAGGCCAUCAGAUGACGUUUUUUGCUUUCAAUAUAAGCAACAAGAGUCAAAGGCUGCGACCAAACGUACUAUUUUAUCAGUUGUUGCUCGAAUUUUUGAUCUUUUAGGACUAUUGAGUCCUAUUGUUAUACGGUGUAAAAUCUUAAUACAGGAAUUAUGGAUUCAUCAACUGGGUUGGGAUGAUCCAUUGCCUCCACUUCUAAACCAAUCAUGGAUACAAAUUCAAUCUGAUUUGGAAUAUCUUAACCACAUUGAAGUGCCAAGAUAUGUUUUAACAUCAUCAGCUUGCUACAGUCAGGUACACGGAUUUGCCGAUGCUUCUCAACGAGCAUUCGGAUGUUGUAUAUAUAUUCGGUCAAAGCAUAAUGGCUUUUACAAAUCUUCGUUGUUGAUAUCGAAAUCAAAGGUGGCGCCGAUAAAAGCAGUUUCGCUGCCUCGUUUAGAAUUAUGCGCUGCCGUACUUCUUUGUAAAACUUGGAACAAAAUAAAACCCAAAGUAUUACCAUUUAUUAAUGAAAUCUUUUUCUGGACAGAUUCUAAAAUUGUGUUACAUUGGAUGAAGAUGCAUUCGUCAACUUUAAAUUGUUUUGUAGCUAACCGUGUUUCUGAACUGCAGGACGAUUCACGUGGCAUUACGUGGAGUCACGUCCCAAGUAAGCAAAACCCAGCUGAUAUAGUAUCUCGAGGCUGUCGAGCAAGCGAGCUGAAGGAUUCGAUUUGGUUUUGUGGACCAAAGUUUUUGUCGCUUCAAUCAGCAGAAUGGCCAAAAGAAACAUCAAAAACUGAAUUUCUCGCAAAGGACCUUGAACAACGAAAACCUACAGUCUUGAAAUGUAGCAACAGUGGUAUCGAUGAUACCACAUUUCGUCUACCAAUAAACAAAAAUCAAACCGUAAACGACGUGAGUCCAAUUACAGUGCGUGAAUUUCAAGAAUCAUUUUGGCGUAUUAUAUCACACCUUCAACAUUGUACAUAUCGCAGUGUAAUAUUAUCACUUCAAUCGGGUAUAAUCUUGAAUCCAGACUUGCAAAAACUAAACCUCUUUGUGGAUAAAACGGUCACUACAAGCGGAACAUUUAAUAUAAUUCGAGUAGGAGGACGAUUGACCAAUGCACCAAUAGGCUUUGAUGCAAAAUUUCCAGCUUUAUUGCCACGUGAUCAUCGGUUUGCUCAAAUUUUUGUGGAAUACUUACAUCGUAAGCACAUGCACGUUGGCCCUAAGGUUUUAAUUAGUCUAAUACGCUCUCAAGUAUGGAUAAUUAAUGCUCGGGAAGUAGCUCGAAAGGUAGUGCGUAACUGUGUUGCAAACCGACCAUUUCUAAUAUCAGGAGUUGAUUUAUGUGGACCAUUUUAUACCACAUAUCGUAUUCGUAGUAAAGUUCCAUAUAAAACUUAUAUUGCAAUUUUUAUCUGCUUUUCAUCAAAAGCAGUUCACACUGAAUUAAUAUCAGAUUUAUCCACUAAUAAUUUCAUUCUAGGCCUAGAAAGAUUCAUAUCACGUCGUGGACUGCCGCAGCGCAUUUAUUGUGACAAUGCAACAAAUUUCACUGGCGCGCAGACACUACUAAAUAAAUUUAAAGAACAAUUUUUCAGUCAGCAAGGGCUUAGAGAAAUGCAAGAGUACAGCAACAAUACUGGAUUUGAGUUUAAGUUCAUUCAUUCCAAAGCACCUCAUUUUGGUGGACUUUGGGAGGCGUCGGUGAAAUCUCUCAAAACAUUAUUAUUAAAAAAUUUGGCGCAAUCUAGCCUAACUUACGAAGAAUUACAAACCGUGAUUAUUGAAGCUGAAGCGAUUUUAAAUUCCCGGCCGAUAAUUCCAUUAUCAGACGAUCCGAACGAUGGUGAGGCUUUAACGCCUGCACACUUAUUAAUAGGCUCUUCGUUAAUUACAAUUCCUGAAAGGAAUUAUACAAUAAGCAACAUAUCAUAUUUAUCUCGUUGGCAACGUGUUACGUACUUAAAACAGCAAUUUUGGGAAAUGUGGCGGCGUGACUAUUUACACACUUUGCAGCUUAGAUCUAAAUGGCUUAAACCUGAAGCUAAUAUCACUGUUGGUCGGUUGGUAAUUAUUCACAAUGACAAUCUUCCUCCACAACACUGGCAACUGGGCAGAAUUGUGGAAACUAUAACAGGUAAAGAUGGAAGAAUUCGCGUAGUAGAUAUUCGCACUAACCAGGGUGUGCUUCGGCGGCCUAUCCACAAAAUUGCACCACUCCCUAUCGAUUACACGUUUUGA